AUGUCAACCGCAAAUCUCCAGCCUAGCCUACUAGAGGAGCGGAGAGAAUGGGUCAAGCAUGAUCGCGAAGUCAAGCUCGACAUCUUCCUUUCUAUCGCAGAAGAAGUCAUGCUGGAGCUAUUCGAAGUUGGCCCGCCUCUCCCACCAUCCAACAUGAACGCACAAGAGAUGCUGCGAGUUCUGGAGCAACGAUAUGCAGUUUUCAACUUCGAGUCGUACCAUCACGCUUUCUGUCAUUUCUUAAAUCUACACAUCGACCAAUACUCAACGAUCGAAGAGUUCAACCAAGAAUUCUUGACUACAUUAGAGGAACUGCUGGAUCAUGGACAGCCGCUAUCCAAUACCCAGGCUUGCAGCGCGUAUUUUUCAAAGCUGCGAUGCACGCAGAACCCGUGGGUCGCGAAGAAGUUGAAAGAGUGGGAUGUAAAGGGAGGGGAGAUGGACUGCAGAGAACUGUUGAAAGAAUCACCACCAUGGUCCAUCAUCCGUCCGCUCGCGACAAAGGCGUCGCAUACCUUCCUCGUCCAGUCUAUACCAGAAGAGGAUGUCGAAGACAGCUCAGCGUCAGACAGCGACUCGUUGCUCGAGAAGUCGGAUGGCUCUACUGCGUCAAGCGUUUCCUCGCACUCGCGCAAUGUGUCGACUGAAUCUGCGCCGCAGAAAGAUCCUAGCGCGCCAGAACGACAGCAUUCAAUCUUGACAGUGCGCUCGCAGGAAAUCACCAUUCAAGCAUCGCCAGAAGCCAUUGCGGAGAUGGAGCUACAGGCCAUGCACAAGGAGCUGGGCAAGCUCCCCACUUCCGCCAUACCAGAGCGUGGGAGUUCCAAGUUCCAGGUCCCCGGCACAAUCCUAUCUGACGGUUCGAAGGAGUCUCUCCCGGAGUGGCUGGUGUCGAAGAAGAGUUGGCCCUCAACCCCCGACAUCGCCACACGCCCACAUUCAUCUCUCGCCGCGCUGCCCGCCACGCAGGCGCCGAAUCCCAUACCCUCACUGGGGUGGUGGAAGCACGAAUCACAGCAAAGUCACAUACAGAGCGAUGAAGAAGAUGAGGAAUGCGAUGAGGAAGAUGGAGAUUUCCUGCCACUGCAAGGCACAUGCACGCGCGAUUCUGAAGCGUGGUCGUAUUUGUAUCAGGCGAAAGGCGGGUAUUUGAUUACCGCACCGGGGCGCACGAUAACGUCCUCAUCUACGUCCGAGGAGAAGAAGGCCUCGCCGACGUUCCGGGACGUCGUGUUGCACAGGAAGCGUUCGAGUGUGGAUUUUGUGGCGCGCUUGAGUGGGGAGAGCGCGCGCGGGGAGGAGAAAGACAAGGCGAAGAGGUUCGGGAUGAAGAAGAGUUGGAUUGGAGGCGUGGGGUUGGGGAUCGGGAGGUUUGCCGGGAAGGGAGUUAAGGAGAUUAUUUAG